GCAUUUUGAUAAGCAAAAAAUUGAUCCGCAUGCAUUGAACAUUGAGCUCUAAUUAAAUAGAUGCAGCUUAUAUAUUCCAUAAUUUGUGCAUUGUAAUCUAUUCAAUUGAUUAGUCUUCUGGUCAGGAAAGAAAUUCAAUGGUCUUCACCGCAGUAUAUAUCAUCACUUUCAGUGUCCCGUCAGUAGGAGCACGAAAAUCCGAGAUGGCCAAGGAUAGAAUCUUUCGUGUUUCCUGCAUUCUCGCCGUCAUGUUUCUGUCAAUCAAUAGCAUAGUAUACAGCUCCCAGGAUGUCGAUCAAUGUAGCAUUGGACCCGACAUUCAACCCUGCAUCCCUGGUAGAACCGAAUGUCCUCAUGGGAAGAAUUGCUGGCCCGAGCUGUAUGGGACAAGCGGGGAGAAGGCAUUAGCUGUAAUAAAGCGAGAGAAUCCAAUGGUGCAGGCCUUCAUAGUCAAGAAGGGAACCGCUGUCAUUUUGAACUACUGCUGCGAUCGCGUCUGGGUCUGGGUCGAUGACUCUGGUGUCGUUGAUAGGGUCCCUACUAUUGGCUAGCUAAAGCUAAAGAUCAUGCAUGUUGCCAAAUCAAUCAAUAAAUAAGUUGCACCUUAAUUAGAGGCUUGGUUGAAUGUGAUGAGUGUUCUUUGAGGAAAAAUCAUAUAUUACAAUCCGGCUGAAAUGAAUCCUAAUUAAAACUGGCCUCCGUUAAUC